AUGGACCCCAACGUCAAUGCCUCGUCCUAUGCCAGCUCGGCUCUGGGUUCCACGGCUGCCUCGUCCGUUGCGUCCACGUCGCCAACCGCCCAUGUCGAUGUCGCCGCCAGUCCCUCAACAUCCACUACCGCACCCGCGCAGCCUGACAAGCCUGUUAUCAAGCGAAGAGCCGCCAUCGCUUGCCGCGCUUGCCGUCGCCUGAGGAGGAAGUGCGUCCAUGACAAGGGGACCGCGCCAUGCAAAUCAUGCCGAGAAAGCGGCUCAGAGGUCGCCAAGGAGUGCCAGUUCCCAUCUCGUGGCCAGCCUGACCUGGACCGCGACUAUCGCCACCCUCGCACCAGAGCCGAACGGCUCAAGGGCGCUGCAGCGAAGGCAAAGCGUCCAGAGCAACCUCCUGCCGACUCGUGGGAUGGCUUGCCUCCCCUUGACGAGCUUGUCGAUGGCGUCAAUCGUUUCACACGCUAUUACUUCCAGCUCGGCUUUCUCCCCAAGAGACAGUAUCCCGAAAAGCUACGCAUGAGCCCUCACUCAUGCAACGUUUUUCUUUUGCUCAGCAUACUCAGUGUCUCCGCCCGCAUGACUCCGGCUUUGUGUAUUAGAUAUGGCACUGGCGUCAAGGCCGCCGAAUUUUUCAUGGAACGUGCCUCUCGCAUAGCCCUGGAAAGCGUAUAUGCCGAGCCCUCGCUCGAACUGUGUCAGGCCUUUUACCUGCUUAGCAUUGCUCAGCACGGGAGCGGUCUGAAAAACAAGAGCUAUAUGAACAUGGGUGUCGCUGUCCGCAUGGCUACUCUCAUGAUGCUGCAUCGAGAAGAGACAUACAAAUUAAACAACCCAACCCGGGAAGCAAUCAUGGUAGCCGAGUCGGCUCGUCGCACCAUCUGGAUGCUCCACAGCCAGGACAAUCUGCACUCCGGCCCCCUUUCGCCGGUAGCUUUGUCCGCUUCCGACAUUACGACGCUCCUCCCCUGUGACGAAGACGACUUUGCCAAUGGUGUUCUGCCACGCUCCCGCGCUGCAUUAGCCGGAACCCAGCCCGCAAGAGACAACCCGUCGCUCUUGAGUGACAAAAAUCGGUCUUUGUUUGCCACUCUCAUGCAAAUACACAACCUUUGGGGAAUCGUCGGUCGACGCGCUGUUGGUGAUAGUCGCAGUUCGAAUCCAUGGGAUCCUGAUAAAAUCUGCCCCGAUACUUCGAUCGCGGAAAAGGGACCGGAAAUACUGAAUCGAACGAUCACUAUUCUUAAUGAAAGCAAGCAAGUUUGGCCACUGGCUUCCCGUUGGGCGGAAUCGUUGGAGAACUUCUCUCGCAAUCCUAAGGCGACAUUGCUUGCGACAGAGGGUAGUAUGGAUGACGGCAAGGACCCUAUCCCGCGAGCCAUCAACACUUUGCCACCGCCCAUUUCCAAGUCUGCCGAAUCCGCUGCUGCUGUCGCGGCUAUGCCGGACAGAGCACUCCCAGUCCCAGGCACGCAGCCAGGUUCGGCAUCGCCCUCAACAAUAGGUGUCUCUCGCAAUGACCAUGGUCAAGGCCCACUGGCUCCGAGCGCUCGGGGACAAGUACCAGCCAACCCCCCUUACGCGGUUCAGAUGAGCCAACCACAUUCAUCGCCAAUGCAACACCAUCAAUCACCGCAAAAUCGCUCCUACCUGAGUCAAUAUCAGACGAGCCAACCACCGCAACCUAGGUCCGAUAUACAUUCGGCACAGUUUCCAUUUGAGCAUCACCACAAUCCGGGACCAAUACUUCGACCAGUGGCCAGGCCGGCCAACAAUACUCCUGCACCAUCGUUUCACCAACUAUCACAGGCUGCCGAGAUGGCUCCGCGCUGGCCGCUGGCCGAUGGCCUAGGAUCGACUUCCUCACCAGCAAGCCUAGGUCGCCGGCCGACCCAACCUGAUGGCGCGGGCAUGCUGAUUCGGUUUGGCAACUUGCCCUUGCAGCCGCAUCCGCAACAGCCUGGCUACAUGGCUAGCGGCCUCAUUAUGGGCCCGGACAUCUCCGGUAUGCCCUCACAGCAGCCCUCGCUGUUGGACGGAUUCGAGAACGAGCUGCUCUUUCAGUUUGACGGCGAGCACGACCCCCACGUGAUGCCAUUUGACCAAUGGCAACCAACCAACAUUUACACAUAUACACCGUACGAUCACUUAAUGGAUACUACCACGUAG